AUGCAGCGGGCGGCAGCGCGGGCGCUGCGCGGGGCGCGGAGCCCCCCGGUGCGGAUGCGCUCGGUGGCAGCGCGGAGCCCCCCGCGCGGGCUGGUGUAUGAGCGGCACGGGGAGCCCCCGGCCGUCCUGCAACUAAAGGACCUUGAAGUGGCUGAGCUGGGGGACUCUGAUGUCCAUGUCAAGAUGUUGGCAGCCCCCAUCAAUCCUGCUGACAUCAACAUGAUCCAAGGGUCCUAUGCCAUCCUGUCCCCGUUACCAGCCGUGGGAGGGAGCGAAGGUGUCGGGGAGGUGCUGGAGGUGGGGCGGCGAGUGGCAGCUCUGAGACCCGGCGACUGGGUCAUCCCGGCAGACAGCGGCCUCGGGACAUGGAGGACACGGGGGGUGUUCCCUGAGGAGCUGCUGCUGAAGGUGCCCCGGGACAUCCCGGUGCUGUGCGCCGCGACCCUGAGCGUCAACCCCUGCACAGCCUAUCGCAUGCUGGCUGACUUCCAGCCCCUGGCACCUGGUGACUCUGUCAUCCAGAACGGUGCCAACAGCGGCGUGGGUCAGGCUGUCAUCCAGAUCGCCAAAGCCUCUGGCAUCAAGACCAUCAAUGUGGUGAGGGACAGACCUGAUCUCCCAAAGCUGGUGGAGAGGCUGAUGGCCCUGGGUGCAGACCAUGUCAUCACAGAGGAGAUGCUGAGAAAGCCAGAGAUGAAAGAGAUAUUUAAGAGCAUCCCAAAGCCCCGGCUCGCCCUGAACUGCGUCGGAGGCAAAAGCACCACGGAGAUGCUGCGGCACCUGCAGCCCAAAGGGAUCAUGGUCACCUAUGGGGGGAUGGCAAAGCAGCCUGUGACAGUGCCUGUGAGUGCCUUCAUCUUCCGGGACGUCCAGCUCCGCGGGUUCUGGAUGACCCAGUGGAAGAGGGACCAUGCUCAGGACCAGCAGAGCCUGGCCAGCAUGAUUGACGCCCUGUGCCAGCUCAUCCGGAGGGGACAGCUUGCUGCACCAGCCUGCACCGAGGUCCCACUCCAGGACUACAAGGUGGCACUGGAGGCCAGCAUGAAGCCCUUCACAUCCUCCAAGCAGAUCCUCCUCUUCUGACCCACAGCUUGUGGGCAGCAGCAGGCUGAGCCCAGGGCUGCUCCACCACAGCCACGCUUUUCCUUGCAGGCGAGAGAUGCUCAGGGGAGGGGAAGAGACCCCUUGGAUCUAUUGGUCUUUCUUGGUUGCUUAACUUUUGGGUGCCCACUUGAAAGUUUUAAAAGCCUCUGCAGCUUUGGCUGGAUGGCAGCAUGUAGAGGUGCUUCUGGACAGUGGCUGCACUCUGGCUUUAGCUGGGAUGAGUUUGGGGUGCAAGAGGAAGCUCAGGGAGCCUGGAGUGGUCAACUCGCUUGGCUCAGGGUGACAAAAGAGCAGCAGUUCCCCCUCCCCCUCACAGUUUUUGGGGCUGGGGGAGGCUGUGCAGCUGCCUCCUGCCUGGCUUAGCAGCUGUCAGUGGUGUUCUGCUGUUUGCACUGUCCCUCCAGGUGCUUUUUGGCUGCUUUUGGGGGCAGGACAUGUGCAGGGCAAGAGGGAGGCUCUUUGCCAUACCUGGACUUGGAUUCAGCUCUGCUGCUGUUCCUGCUGCCACUACUGACUGUAAUGAGAACCUCCUGGAAAUCAAUAGCUAAUAAAGAUGUAUUUUUUUUAAGAUGCUGCCAUUAACUGUCCCUGUGCUCAGUGUCCUUGUGCCCCCUGAUUGAAGGGAACCUGCUUUAGCAGGGGGCUGGGCUGGAGCAGCUCUGCAGGGCCCUUCCAGCCCCCAGCACUCUGGGAUUCUGUGAAAAAAAAGCAAGAAAAGGCCUUAGUGAUCAUUAAGAGCACUAUUAAGCAUGACAUAAACCAGGAAAAUUAAUGCAAAGCUUUUAUUCCCCCUUGUUUAUUGGACUUGGCAAUAAAACCUAA